CAAUGCAAUACAACACAACACUGGGUUUCAUAGAAAGAGUGAAGAGUGUGUCUCGAUUUUGCGGAUGGGGAGGACAAUCCGUCGCGCUUCGGCUUCCAUUCAACCCUGCGCGUGAUCGUAGAGCGCGGGAGAGAAUUUUUUUGGUUUUUGUUUGGGUUAGAAUGGAGAAGGAUUGGCUCGGGGAAGGGGAUUACUUAGAAGGGAAGAGUUGGAUCUUCUCGUGAAAUUCACAACCAGGGAGGGACCGGGGGAUCGUGAGGAGCGUGGUGGUGGUGGUGCGUAUGGAGCCAUGGCAGGGUGGAGGGGCUCCCUGGUGUAUAGGCUCCGUGUUUCCGGCACCGCAGCUUCUCACCGGUGCUUCCGCAAUUCCAUUGGGCCCUUUGUUGUUCGAUGGAAUCGGAUUGCCGCAGCGGCUUCUAUCUACGGGCAGCCCUCUUCCGCUGUUUGAAAGCUCUGUUCCAAGCGUUUCAGAGCAAAAGGAAGAGUUCCUGUCGUCCUCAGCAGAUGCGUACUUUCCUGAAGAUCUUCUGGAAGAACAUUUACAGGAGGACAGUCUAUUAAGAAUGGGCUUUAGUGAUCAUAAGUCCCAGAUUCUUGGCAAUCGCUUGCAACUUGUGGAGUGCAGAGAUGGAGACUAUGCGUUAUUUUUUCCAACAGGUAGGAACACGGACCGCAUCGGUGGUGCCCUAUGUUCUAGAGAUACAGCCAGCAAGUGGCACGUGUCUAUCAAUGCAGCCUCUCAUCAUUCCUUGCAGCCUCUGUGGAAUAGUUCUAUUUCGCUACGGCAACCUGUACUUCAGCUGUCAGCAGUAAGGAAAGAUCCGUGGGACCCUGGUUAUGGUUGUUUGGUAGCAGCUCGCUCAUUGUAUAAAGUGCAAUUUCUAACAGCCAAUCAGGAGGAAUCGCAGUUCGAUUUUACUCUUCCGAUGACGGCCAGUUUUUCAAAAUAUGUGUCACAUGUAGCAUGGAAUCAGCAUGUGCAAGGCGAAGCUGCUGUAGUUCUGGAAACCGGGGAGGUUCUGCUGUUUGACCUUCAGCGUGGGUGGUCUACGAGUAAUCUGAGUGCCAAAGCUUCUUAUAAUGCUGUCCCUGAGUCAUUGAAUUCGUCGACUUUAUCUUUUGUUAGUAAAAGACGAAUCAGCAGACCAAGAUCCAAAAUAGCCAUGCAUAAGAAAAAAGUAAAACCCCCUCCGGUUAGUAAUCCAUUUGAGUGGUGGCAGUGUGAGUAUGCGUGGCAUCCCAAGACACUGUUUUUGGCUGGGUCAAAAGAAGUAUCUCUUUUGGACUUCAGGGCUAAGCACAAACUCGUGACGGAUCAGAUGGGGAAUUCAUCCACAGGCAUGGGACAUCUAACUCAAAAUCUCAAUACUUCUGUCGUAGCGAGAAUCCCAGGGGUUGGUCGCACAGCAGGCUAUUGCAAUCAUGCUGGUGGCAGUGAUGUUGUACUUUCCUUCACAAGAGGUGACCACGAUGGAAUGUACGAUUUUUGCAUCUCAACCAAAAAGCACCUGCUUUUGUUUGACACCCGUCAGCCUCGGACUCCACUUUUGCAGUGGCUUCAUGGCAUGGAAGCUGAACCUCCAAGUCUACUUGCUAUGUGCCCUAUUCCCUCAUCAAGCCGAGAGUCUCCAGCAAUAGAUUCCAGCAAAGGUAACGCCAUAUUGGCAGCCUCCUUCCAUUCGGGUAAUGUCCAUGCCUUUUGCUACGGUCCUCAUUCAACACCUACUUUACCCCCUCAAAAUGGCUUGAUAUCAGUGUUGAACCCAUCACACUUGGAUGAAAGGAUUUAUUCUUGGGACUUACCAUCUAAAGUAGUAGCCCCUCAGGCUGCUCCCAGUAACUGGGCUGCCAUAUUGGCUUCUGACAUGAAUUUUUUCCAGCAAGAAAGGAGUAAAAUAGGUCCUUCGAAGAAAACAUGGGACCACCUUUCUGGACUUGUUGUUCUUCCGCAAGACUCUCAAACAUUUCAUAGGUUGGAGACACUAGACGAACUGCCCAAUGGCCGAGGCUUUUCUCUAAUGCAGCUGACUGGAGAGGGCAAUAUCUUUGCACAGCAUUUUCAAGCAGCGAGCAGGUUACAUAGUGCAGGUUCUCAAGUACCUCCUGUGCAAAGCGCCUAUGCAGACGCUACUGGUAUCAAAAGCAGGUCCAAGAAAUGCAACGUCAUGGAGCUCGGUUAUUUCCUCAACUAUAUCAGGAAUGGUUCGAGUUUUUCCGAGUGUGAUGACUCAAAGCCAUUCAAACACACGUAUGAGGUUAGUGGUGUAUCCAUGGAUUCUGAUCAUCCAUCAGAAGAACAAUGUGCUCUUGUACCGUGGAGGUCGUCCCAGGAUAUUUCGCUCAACCAACUCGCAUUCCAGGCAGAAGACGCGCGUGUGGAAGAGGAGGAAGGUUUCCUCCUAGAGUUGUACGAGGAUUCAAAUAGACAGAAAUUGUCGGCGCUUGCAGUUGAGGUGCUGCAGCAUUCGAAUGUGGCUCUCAGCAUAUACGAAAUUGCCCAUAUAGUGCUUCGAAGAUAUUUACCAACGGACCUGGAAAAGCUGGCUGCGGGUAUGCCGGUGGAUGGUCAAUCACAUUGCUCACGGAGGUAUUUAUCAAUGUUGCGGACUUCCCAUGUACCGGAGGGUUCUAUGAUCGAGUAUACAAGUCAAGAGAGUAACACAGAGUUAUCUGAAGAGGAGUUGAAAGUGCCCCUUCCAGUAUUGCUGGAAAGAUGCUCAUUGGGAGACCGAGGUAAGAGGUGGCUGAACCACAUUGAUAGGAGAGAUGCAGAGAACACGCAGUUGUCCAUUAUGACUCGGAAGGACUCUUUGUCAACUGGUCGAAGCAUACUUCAAGAAGGUUGUGAUCAUGUGCGACUUGCUCUGCACAAUCUCACAACUGAGGUGAGGUCCAAAGAGUUGGUGCCAGAUUUAUCCUUGGCUGACAGCGUGGAAGCAUGGAACAAUAUUCCCAUGGGCGUUGAAGGGCUUGACAAGAGUCACCUUGUUGAGUACCAAACAUCAGAUAGAGAAAUGAUUGUUCCCCGCGUACAUGGUAAACCUUUUAAAGGGCAGCAUUUAGACAUGAUUUUUCCAAUGGCAAUUGACCUAAAUGGUGGGGAAAGCAGUUUUCUUGGAGGAAACCCAUCUGAAGACGAUCGUAGUCAAACCUCGGUUUUAGAUAAGCAUGCUCUACGCACUUUUCUUGGAACAUAUGUAGACGGCUCGUCGACAGGAAGGAUUUCGGAGGACUCACAUCUUUGUCCAAUCCAGUUGCCUUUCAUUUCAUCGAGUGCGAAUCGGUGAAACAAGUGAACAUGCAGACCUGUCUGGUUUGAGUAGCUUACGCGAUCAGUUCAAGCAGUGGCAAGAGAGAUUUGUACCAUAUCAGAAUUUUUGUCGGAAUAACUUACCAGGUCAGUUAUGAAUGGCGAUAAUGCUCGAUGGCAGAGCCUUCCUCCUCGAUAUAGCUACGAAUGAUACUUAUUUUUGUUUGAUCCUGAUCUGCAUUGGUAACACUUUUUGAGUUACCUGCGGAUAGAGUGAGAGAAGAGUUAGUGAGAGUUAGUGAGAGAAAAGUUGUACAACUUGUACAUGAAAUCCUUGCUGACGAUUCAAUAGCUCUCAGCAGGGCUGUAGAAAUUGAUUCCAUGGGUGAAGAGGGUCAAAGAGCUCCGAAGAUUGGAGUGAUUACAUUUGGAAGUUAGUUAGGACAUAAGAGUUGUAACAUGUCACAUUCAUUUUGAUUUUAGACCCUGUCUUGCUCAUUCAGCUGUACCUUUCUUUCAGAGAGUAAUGUACACUAUUGUACAUGCAAAUGUAAUUUGUUCUGGUCUUGUUCCAACAG